UUUUUACACUUUUCAUGUCAUGAGUGUUGAGAUUUAUUUUUGCGAUGGCCGACAUUAAAGCAUUGUUGAAGGAAGCAAGGAAACUAAUUGAUGACAACAAUUACAAAGAUGCACAAGAAUGUUGCAAAAAUAUUCUAAGAAAGGAUAAACAAAACUAUAUAGCACUAGUGCUCCUUGGGAAAUCACUACAAGAUGCUGAUCAAGCACCCUUAGCCUAUCAGAAGGCUAUUGCAAGCAAACCAGACCAUCCAUUAGCCUGGCACGGUCUUGCCAACUAUUAUGAACGAAAAGAUGAUGAAUCCUCAAAAACAAAACUGAUUACUGUCUAUGAUGAAAUAUUAAAGUUGCAAAUUGAAGAAGACAAAGCAUUAGAAAUAAUUACCAAAUUUGGGCACCUCGGCUGCCAUCUAAAGAGCAAUGAAGCUAUCACUACACUUCUCCACUAUAAAGACAAAGUUAGUGAGGCCAAAUUAUUAGCUGCAGUAGAAAAUCAACUAUUAGAACUUCUUAAGAGUGGUAUUUCUUGUAAAGAAGAUGACAUACUACCAAUUUUAAAGCUAUUAGAUCAGCUUUACAUUAAAGAUCCUAGCAGUUCUCUGGAGCUACUUUAUGCCAAAGUGAUUCUUCAAAAAAGCGACUACACAAAAGCAGUUAAUGAAAUUAUAGCACUUCAAUUCUUUUCACAAAAUGUUGUGUUACGGGAAUUCCUUUGCGAACACAUAUGCAACAGAUAUGUUAGAGAUAAUUCAUUCAAUAACAUACCAAUAGAGAGUCUUGUAGACAAAAUAACAGAUGGAAUUGAAAAUUCCAAGUACCCUGGCUUGCUGAAAUGUAUGAUUUAUUUUGACAAAUCAGAAUAUUUGGAAGCUUAUAAGCAGUGUGUCCCAUUGAUAAACUACCAACAAGCAGAUAUUACACAAGCAACAUUUAUUAUAAAAUGUGCCAUGAUGCUAGAGAAAUGGCCAGUUGUACAAAAGUUGGCUACUAAUUUCCUCCCUAAAGCCAAAGAGCCAAAUUUUGUCUUGGAUUUGAAAAGAUACUUGUUUUUAUCACUUGCCAAACAAAGGAAAUGGAAGCAAGCAAUUUGUACUGUAUCAGAAAUACCCAUUGGUACUUUGAGUAUUAGCGAACAAGCUAUUCUCGCAGAAUGUUACAUUGAAACAAAUGAAAAUGCAGAACACAUAAUGGAACAGCUUCAGUGUAGUGAAUACCAUCUUCAACUUCAAGCUUUAUUUUUACUGAAACAGCAAAAAUAUGCUGAAACAGUAACACUUCUUCAAAACAUUGAUGACAAACCCUUGUGUAUGUUCUACUUAGGCAAAGCACUCUGGAAACUUAAGGACUAUGAAAAGAGCCAAAUCAAUUUACUGAAGGCAGCAAGACUUAACCCACACCAUCCAGAAACAUUUCUGUAUUUAGGCCAUUUCUACCAUGAUUACAAAAAUGAUUUAGAAAAAUCAAGAAAAUGUUAUGAGAAAGCACACAGUUUGGACAGUACCAAUCCCAAAAUAACUAAAAAAUUAAGUGAAGUUUACACAAAAUUAGAACUAAGAGAAGCUGAUUUUGAACUCCUAAUAGCCGCAGAGAAGAACACACAGGAGUCUUGGUUGAAUUUUAGAUUGGGGCUGCACUAUAUGAGUAAAAGAUUGUGGGAAAAUGCUGUUGUACAGUUUAGAAAUGUUAUCAAAAGUGAUCAGAGCAAUAUUACUGCUUUUGAAUGUUUAGCUGAUGCAUAUUAUUCUCGGGGCUCGUACACAUCAGCAUUAAGAGCUUAUAAUAAAGUAAUGACAGCCAAUCCUAGCAGGAGCUCACACUGUCUCACAAAAAUAGGAAACAUACAUUCUCUCUUAACGCAGUAUGAAGAAGCAAUUGCUACAUAUGAGAAAGUUCUAAAAAUUGAUGCUAAUUCUAUGUUAGCUUUAAAAGGCAUAGCAGAAACAUGGAUCAGGAUUGCCAAGAAAAAAGUAAUGGCUAAAGUAUAUGGCAGUGCAAGAGAUUGUGCUCAGGAAGCUAUAAAUUACCUUAUCAAAGCAUUACAGAAACAAAAGCAAUUUAUCUGUCUUUGGAAGCUUUUAGCAGAUACUUUGAUAUUUGUCACCACUUUGCCAAAUAAAUAUGCCUAUGCGUAUAUGACAGAUUUACUUGUGCAAUCUGAUGAGAAUAUCCGGACAUAUCAGAAGCUAGACAUCUUCCCAAAAGCGAUUGCAUGUUACUCUCUUGUUGCUAAAAAGAAUCAACAAUCUGCAUCUUAUGAGUUAGCAUCAACUUACUUUGCAUUCUAUCAAGAAUCACGGAAAUUGGUUAAUUGCCACAUAGCUUAUAAGUUGACACUUCAAUGCAUAAAGGAAAAGCCAUCUCAUUGGAGAAAUUGGAAUUUGCUCGGAAAAAUAUGUCUAUUUAUAAAGAAAUUUGAUCUUGCACAGCAUUGUUUCAUCAAAGCUUUACUUGUAACCCGAAAAUGGUCUGUUGCCAAAAUUUGGUGUAAUCUGGGAACCCUGUACUUAAAGUUAAAUCAUCACAAGUUGGCUAACUACUGCUUUUGGCGCGGGCAGUCCACUCUGCCUUCUUAUCCUCUGAGUUGGAUUGGACAGGCACUGAUUGCAGAAGUCAUUAGGGAAGAGGAAGCUAUGGACCUUUUCAGGCAUGCGUCACGACUUGGAUACCACCCUGAAAGUGCACUUGGCUAUGCUGAUUGGGUGUGCCGCACAUUAAAAAAGAGUAGUAACUACAAAGAAAACUCAGAGUUAAAGUAUGUUAUAGAUGGUCUCCACGCAAUUCCUUAUGCUAUAGAUCUUGUUGAGUGGUACUCUACUUUUGAACCUAAUAAUGCUUGUGCCUGCACCAUUCUCGGAAUCCUCCAAGAACGCUUUGGACUUGUCAGGGCGGCAUUUAAAUCAUAUGAAAAAGCAUUGCAGUAUGCAGAUGAUGUAAAUCGAAAUAUUACAUUCCUGAAUAUGGGAAGAAUAUUGAUGAGAAUGGAGAGAUAUGAUGAAGCAGUGAAAGUGUAUAAAGCAAUAACUGAAGCCAGCUUAGACUCUACAUGUGGCUUAGCUCUUGCCCUUUAUAAGAAAGGUCUUUAUGAAGAAUCAUAUGCAGCUUAUGAUGCGGCUCUGCAUUGGUUGAGCAAUGAAGAUGAUGAUAAAGCAGACAUUCUUGUGGCUAUGGCUGGCAUUGUGUAUAUGUAUAAAGGAGCAGAUGAUGCAAAAACUUUACUUUUCCAUAGCAUCCAAAUAUCACAAAAGAAGCCCACACCAUACAGCUUAUUUGCAAUUUGUUCAUUAGGACUAAUACAUUCCGAUCAAAGUCUGUCUAAACUUGCUGUGAGUGAGAUGCAAAAAUAUGAAAUGGAUGGUAACUUUGGAUUUGAUAUUGGUUUUCUGAAGUCUUAUGUACUCUUAUGUGACGAAAAUAUUGAAGGAGCUAUAAAAUUGCUCAGUGAUUCUCUUCAUGAUCAUCCAAGCAAUGCACUUCUGUGGUUUUGCAUGUCCCAGUACUGUCUUAGGGAAUCCAAUAAGAGAGCUAAAGUGGCCAGUGGUUGUGCUCAGAGAGCCUUGUGCUUAGCUCAUUAUGGUGAGUGUAAAUGUAAUCCAGCUGAAAUAAUUUCUACUGCCAGCAUUGCUGAGCAUUUUGCGGGCAACCAAACCAAGGCCUUGUUGUUGGCUAAAGAAGGCUUACACAUGUAUCCUAAUCAGUCAGAAAUCUGGGCUGCUCUCUUGUUUUCACUUUUGCCACACAAAAUAUGGAUAGAAAGGAAGGACUGGUUAUUGGCUGCUGCUGGGCAUAUGCGAAGACAUUUAGAAAUCUCGCGCUCUCUAAGUAGAUGGGUUAACCUUGUAGAGAAAAAACUAAGUAGGUAAACAAAAUGAAAGAAGAUGUUUAUUGUGUCUAAUAUUUGCAAUUUUAUGCG